AUGUGUGUUUCAUCACACAUGUUAAUACUCUCUCUUUCUCUGUUUUCUCAAGGUUUUCUAAUCUCAGUGUCAAAAUCUCUGCAAAAGGUAGAAGAUGAAGAUAUGUUGCUGAACACAUUCAGUCUGGGAAGAACUCUUCGAAAUGGAGAUAGAACAGAAAACAGAGGAGCUCCACCAUUGCUGAAGAAUUAUAAGACUGAAGACAGUAGCUUUUUGGAUGAAGGGGAAAACAGAAACCCAACGUUCUUUGACAUGGGUUCCAAACACGACUUCCUAAACCAGGGUAUGGUAAUCAACUUAGGUUCAAAGCGGCUACCUUAUCUUGCACUGAAAGGUGCCAUGGCUUUUCCAACUGACAAGGAAAUUCAGAAUAUUGAAUCAAUACAAGAAAGAAGAGACACCAGGGGUGAAGAAAAUUCAGCUAAACUCCCUAUAGGAAGAAGAGAUUUUGAUGUGCUCAGGUGUAUGUUGGGAAGAGUCUAUCGACCAUGUUGGCAAAUCUGAAAAGUCCUGGUCUGCACUACCUUCUUUGAAGAAGAUCAAACAUUUCAUUUUGAAUUUAAUGCAA